GUAUACAAUACUGCAUCUCACUGUGAUAAAAAUUCGAACGAAAAGAUUCGGAAAACAGAUUCCGAUUGGUGCUUACACUUUGUAGCUUGAGUGUCCUAGUCCUAGAGUCUACCUGACUCCUCCUCCAUCACCGUUCCUACAAGCGAUUGGAAUGGCAUUCACCGUAAGCAUGUGCUUGAAGUUUUACCAUUUUCUUGCGGGCGAUAUGAACCAACGGAAGAAUAGACUGGAGUUCAUAGAUGGUAAUGUUCAGUGUCUACCUAAUAGACUGUUGAGAAUACAUACAUAUGGAGACACUGGAGUAUGUGAAGAGUUACAUGAGAUCGAUGGCUGCAACCAUUGCCGGGCAAACAGGGCAGCAGGCAACGCCGCUUCCUUCGCAAAUUACAUCGGUGGAGAACCUACAGUCAUUUGUUAUACUAAUGCAGGAUGCAUUCAACAAUUGUCUAAACUGAAAGUUGUGCAUGGAGACACGUCGGAGACUGUACGUCUCAUGAUGCAGCGUCUUCUAACGCGGUCAUUGAUGGCGGAGAUCAAUUACUCCUGUCUCCGCAACAAACACGGAUUCCGGAAGAUGAAGCUAUUCGCCGAAGUGCAAGCCGCUCUAUUAAAACGUUUCUCCGGAACUAUUGUGUCACCUGAUGAUGAUGUCAGGAAAUACUUGAAAUCGAUUCGUGGCAACGCAUGGCGCGACACUACCAAAGGUUGUGCAAGCAGCCAGCAGGUUUUCCAAUUCGUGGACUUGGAGCGCCCAUGAGACAGCAUGGAAGAAGCGUAACCGAUUCAAACGGAACUUGGACCUCUGUUGUCAAUAUUGAUGUCCUUCCAUUUAAUGUAUCCGCUACUAUGCGUCGGUAAACGGACUUCUUACUGUGAAAAAAUCGGAUUCCA